CGAAAAUCAUAUUAUUUUUUUUGAAAUUUAUAAACGUAAUUGAGAUUUACCGGUAUUUAAAAACGUGAAAAAAAAAUAAUAAAAGCAAAGAAAUACUUUCUUAAAACACUUCGAGAUGGCGCUAUUCGAAAAGAAUGUUGCUUUUGUAAAUUCAACAGUUUGUUUAUUAUUAUUAUUGUUAUUAUUAUUAUUAUUUAUUAAACGGAACCAACGGAUAAGGGCAAAUUUUUCAUCGGAUCCAUUUUAAGCUAAUAAUAUUUAUAUACGAAAGGCGAAGAUAAAUAGGCAUUUGUAUUACGUAUUAAUUCUUUGCAAGGUUAUUAUAAUAUAAAUUUUACGUAUAAAACGUAAUAUAUUAUAAGUUAUAAGUAGUAUGGCGAUAUUUUUUUAAACGAAGUGAAUGAAUUUAUAAAUUUACUAUUUUUGUAAAAGGAGAUUAAAUGAAACUAAUUCAAAUUUCCUUCUCCGACAAUGGAAACGAGGCCGAUGUGCAGGAAAUGACGUCAUAAGUUCGAUCUCUUAGAAACAGACGACACACAAAUCGCUCACAUUUCUGCUGCUACGGUAACCUUAAGUAGGAGAGGAUGCAUUUGCAGGCGUUGGAUUUCCUCGACGUAAAGGGUCAGCAACGUUGCCAUCGCUUCAGAUGCGAUCCAGAUCAAUACAUUUACCCCCAAGGUAGGCUGUCCAGCAAACGGAACCAUCUAAGACCAAGAGACGGACGAUGUUUCUAAGGUGCGCGCGCAACCGUAAAGAGGAUUGAGAAAGACAAGACGACGGGCUACGUAUCGAAAGACGCAGGCGCACCACCUGCCGAGUGAAAGUAGCAAAGCAGAAAAAAAAAUAUAUUUAGCGAAAAAAAUUUAACUCAUCUUUUAUUUUCGUCUACGAAAUCGACUGAUGAGUGUGAGUGUGUGAGGAAGAAGAAGAAGAAGAAGCUACGACAUACGUUUCGAUUUUAUACAUUUGAUAUUUUUUAAAGGCGAACGAGCAGCCGGUUUAGUUAGAAUCGGCACGGCAGCGGCAACGUUGUUGGAUAUUUUCGUCUGUCAAUAUUCCAUUUCCCCCGUGGACUUGGGUACGGGACCGACGACCCUGCAUACCACGACCCUAACCGCCUGCUGUCAGACCAGCCCGGUGUGUGUGUGUGUGCAUGCUGGUAUGUUUCUGUGCGAGCUGUAGAUGGAAGAGGGGGUGGCUCGGCUGUAGCCAGUUAGCUAGCUGGCAGUCGGGCUUCGAACUACCGACUGUGAAGGCGGUCGACAUCUUUGAGCGGCAUUCUGGCCAAUUUUUGGCGGGAAUUCUGCAUCGUAUGACGUUUUUAUCUUUACAUCAUGGCUCGUCUUUAGUACAUCCCAUGUCUUUCGAAGCAUAACGCUUUAAUAUUUCUACCGGGCAGAAUUAUAGAACUCAAUAGUUUGUUUUUCUGCAUUUCGUCAUGUUGGCCUGGUACGGAGCCACCAGCCCCGAUCCAGGAGGUAAUCCCGACUUGGCCUAUCCUCCCCCCGCUUCGCCUCACUUCAGACCAAAUAUGCAAAGCCCAGGACCUCCGUAUCAAGGCUCCGUAGCAUCCGCAAUGAAUUAUUCCGAUCGGCCGUACGAGAGUCAAAUGGGUUCGCACUGCCAGACCAACAGCUACGCUUCUUACCAACCACCUUCUCCGUACAGGCCUCACCCCGUGUCUCCUCCGGCGCACGCUCACCAGUACGGAAAUCCGGGCAAUCACCAACUGGGUCUGGCCUACAGUUCUGCCCAUCAGAUGAGUCCCUACGGGCCGGCACAAAACCAUUACGGUCCCAUGGGUCAGGAGUUGUAUAGUAAUCGUCAUUCGAUGUAUAGCGGCGGACGAACUCUUCAGCAGAUGAAGGGCACUUCUUGGACCGAAAGCGCCACCACCACGCCUAGCGACAUCUUACAGUCGUAUAAUCAACCGUCGCCUCGCCCCCCCAUGAUGGCGAGUCCUCCCCACAUGCCUCCUCCUCCCAUGCAUUCUCCCCACGGCGCCAUGAGCGCCACGUCGGCUCCGCCUCCCACACCGCAUCCGCACUUUCGACAGUUGGCGGUGCCAUCUUCAGCUAAUCACUCGCCCCACUCCUGGUCGCAAUCUCAGAUCCCCAGCCCGGGCACCCUUCAUUCGCCGCGCACCACCCCGUCGCCCCUACCUAGUCACGGCCGGUCGCCGGCUCACGGCCAGCCUUUCUCUCCACCUCCCACGACGCCCUCUCCUCAUCAUCCUCCGCCCGCCAUCACGCCGCAUCCGCAACCCCAAAAAACCGCUCCGCCGUCUCCGUCGGCCCUGACACCUUCCGCCGCGCGCCAACCCAUGUGCACCAGCCCCACGAAUCAAGUGGGGGGAUCCGACCCCCUGCAGUCUCUACAGAAAAUGGUCAUGUUGGACGCGGAGACGGUGGAAUCUCCCAUCACUCGAGCCAGUUACGAAAUGUCCAACAGUCAGACGAACACGCCGGUGGCCAGUCGUCCCGGCUCGUAUUUUUCAUCGGUGGAACAGCUGGCCGGAAGCGAUCCCGGCUCACCUUAUCCCACUUAUUACAAUUUAGAUCAAAAUCGACUGUGUACUCCGCCGCGUACCUGUCUGUCCACCCCCACCAGUUCCACCUACGCCUCGGCCCCCGAUUCCACAUCCAGCAAUUCUCCUCGCAGCGAUUCUCACGCCACCCCGGUGGGCGCCGAAUCGUCGGCGGUCAACCUGGUCAACGGAGAAGCCAAUCAGUGCAACAGGCCGGAAUUUGAGACUUUCGCGGCCCCCGAGGUCCGAAUCACAAACGGGAGCCACCAAAACCACGACCCGACGCAGGCGAGAGAAGAGUUGAGUCGGGGGUCCAGCGACUCGGACAACAGGGAGCAGCAGGAGUACUUCGGCCGCAUUGGGUCCAUGAGCGAGGCCAGAAACGACGUGGCCGAAGACGACAACUCUCUGACGGGCGACAAGGACAGGAAGUCGGGCAGGGGAAGAGGGAGGACCCCGUCGCACGACAGAGACGUCUGCGACUCUUCCCUGGACAAUUCGGUGGACAGACAGCCCAAGAACAAGCCGAUCCUCUGGUCUGCCAGCAAGAGAAAUUCCACUCUGCAGGAGUUCGAAAUCACAAACGGUCAAGUGGACGAUGUCAACGACGAAAAUUCCGACCGAAAAUUCGCUCCCGCUUCGCCCCAAUUCUACGGCCCCCUGAACAGAUGGAACAAGAUCUCCCCCGUCGAAGAUUUGGGCGCUUACUCUCUGGGCCGCAACUGCCUGCCGGACGACUGUCUGCCCAUCAGUCUGGCCUCCGGAAUGAAAAGGGGCGCUCGACGCCGAAGGGCCAACUCGGGACCCCACCUGGACCCAGACGGCGCCCACCACGCCUGGGAUCCCCUGAUGCCGGGCGAAAUGAGAGGCCAGAAGGGAUUCAGGAUGACUCGAAGGGGAUCGGGUCGAAGAGGCGGAAGAAGGCGCGCGGGCGCCAGUUUGGGCACCGUCGACCGAUUCGACAGACGAGAUUACAAUCCCUACGGUUACCCUCAUUUGCAUCCCGUCAACGGGCAGCACGGUCUGGUGGACGCCAUGAAGUCGGACAAGGACGUGGGAUGGCCGGGCCACGGAGGAUAUCCCAUUCCCUCCCUGACUCCGGGAAUCAACAGGGAUCUGGUACCUGGAGAGGACACCUUGCAAGGAGCCAAUUCUUCUCUGGGAGACUCUCCGGGUCUGAGAGGUCCCGUCUUGAAUCCCGGUCUACCCAAUUCGUACAUGUUUCCGCUGUCGCCCAAGCUUCCAGCGGAGAUGGGCAUGGACGACAAAUCCGGCUCCGUCUUCUCUUCCCUGUUGACCAAGGACGGCAACGUCAAAUAUCCCGAAUUGAUGCCGGACGGAAUGAUGGGAAACCAAAGCGUUUUGCAAGACCCCAACGCUCCUCCGCUGGUGCCGCCCAAGAAGAAACGGGGGCGCCCCUGUGGAAGCAAGAACAAGCCCAAACCUCCGGGCGAACAGAAGGAGCGAAGACCCUACAAGAGGAGGAAACGGGCCGAACCGGACGCGGCCACCACGGAACAGAUGCGCAAAAUUCGGGGGUUUUACUUCGGUCCCUACGUGCACAUCAGCGGCACGAGGGAGAGGCCACUAUCUGUCACCGUGGUCAACCUCCCUCCUAAAGAGGACGAGACGAAAUUCCUCAAACCCAAAAGACCCUUUCCGCUGACGCCGGGACCCAAGCCGACGACGGUCGCCGAAAUACCCAAUUCGUCGUCGCCCGCGCCCGCGCCGGAAACGGAACCGGGAGGCGGAACGGUGGGAGAAAAGCAUUGGGUGUGCGCCUUGUGUUUCAAAAACGGUCACUACCGGGGUUUGGGAGACUUGUUCGGACCUUAUCGCUUCUUCGACCGUCUCAAACCCACCUUCUCGGACUGUCUGGAGUCGUCGUUCACGCCACCUCCCGAACCCUGUCUGGAUCUGGACGACGAGGGCGACGACGACGGAGAAGACGAUUUCGGCAGCGCCACCGAAUCUUGCCAAAGCAACGGCCAUUUCGCAAUUUUGAACAAGAUGCGCGCCAAGAGGAGAAGAUCCGAAUUGGUGCACGAAUUUCUCAAAGCUACGAUGUGCAAGAAAGCCAAAGUACCCGUGAUAUCCGUAAGUUCCGUUACCGAAGCCGUUGUUCCUGUAAAAAGACUCGAUUCCGAAGAAAACUGUGAUCCAGCAGGUAAACCAGAUCAACAGAACGAAGAAUCGGAAGCCGUGUUGGAGCCUUCUCUUCCACCUCCGCCUCCUCCUCCUCCUCUUCCUCCUCCUCCCCCGCCCGCGAGUCCUCCCACGGAACUUCCGUUUGAUAUAAUUGGACACGAUAAAGAAUUUUGGGUCCACGAAGAUUGCGCCGUUUGGUCCCAAGGAGUGUGUCUAAUAGGACAGCAGCUACACGGUCUGCAAGAUGCCGUGCAAGACUCAUUCGAAAUGCUCUGUUCCAAGUGCAGAAUACAAGGAGCAUCUCUUAGCUGUCUAGUUAAAGAAUGCACAGAGCAGUUUCAUUACAUCUGUGCUAUCGACAAGGGGUGCGAAAUGGACGAUUCGAAUUUUACCAUGUUGUGUCCGAAACACAAGAAAAAACCACGAAUGGAGAAACAAACAUCGAGUGACGGAUAAAGAUGAAAAUCAGAUCAAAAUGUGUAUUCCUUUGUUCCAUAUUUUAUGUCAUGGACUAGAGGGAAUCAUUCUACCGAUUUUAAAUGUGCCGUAUCUACGCAUCUACGAGAUAAACUUUCUACUCUUUCACUCUUAGAGGAAUUAAAUUAAAUAAAUAAGUAAAUAAAUAAACAUAUAUUCGGAUGACAGACAAAAAAAAUAUGACAAGUGCAAACAAAUUUGCACACAGUCCAUACCAAAACUAUUUUUAAUUCCUCCGGAAGAAAUUGGUUUUGUUAAAAUCUGGUGUAUUUUUCUCUUCUAUUGAUUCGACUGUCGGAGGGCGUAUUGGGAGAGAUUGCACGCUUGAUAUAUAUAAUACAUCUCUGUUGAUUCAUUGACUACAUUGUUUGCAUGUCAUGGCUUGCUGUGAAGGUGCAAUCCCCGUUAAGUUGUAGAAGCCCAUUUUUUGUAAGUGUCUUAAUUUGUUGUGUAUAGAGUACAGUAAGAUCUGUAUGUAAGUCUGUACUUAAUAUCCUAGGAAGUCGAUCAUCAAAUCUCAGAACUGAUGUAUAUUCCCAUCGUAACGAAAGUUUUACUUUCAUCGCCUAUAGAAGCAUGAGUACAAAAUUUCAUCAGACCAGCGUAUUAUUGUUACCGGCCAGUCGACGGGAAGUGAGAGAACUUUGUUUUGCAAUGUACGACGACGUCUGGAAAAAAAUUAAGUAAAACGACAACGUUCUCCCACUUUCCCGAACCAUCCGGUAAAUUUUAGAGCUUAAAAACAAAUAAAUAAAAAAAAUUACCAAUCUGUAAAGGAAUUAUAGUAUAAAAGUUGAAAAUUGUACUAUCACAAAUAUGAAAAUUUCCUUUUGCCCUCGUGAAGAUGUUGAUGUGCACAACAGGGAUUUUGGAUAUAUCAUAUGUUUGUGCAAAUACUAGUCCAAGUUUUUUGCAGCUUUUUGCUUCGUGAACUACCGAUGAGAAGUUGUUGGAUGGAUUUAACAAAAGUGUAUAUAUACAAUUAUAUAUAUAUAUAGGCCUCUGUCCUCGCCACUGCCCUACGAAAACUUAUGUCGAGGUGGAUGCUGGGAUGUAGGACAGAUGGCAUUACGCCAUAUCUCAGCUGUGUAUCAUUGGUGUUGUCUUAAAACACCAUUAGUUGUGUGAUGUACAUACCCAACAGUGUAUGAUCAUGUGAACAUACCCACAGAUGGAAUAAACAGUCCAACCUCUUCCCUUUCCUGUCUGUUUAUUAAAAAUAAUUUUUCCGAUUGGUUUUAAAAUAUUUAUUGCCUGUUUAAAUUUCUGUACAUGGGAAUACUGUAAAAUCCAUAGAAAGUUAUAAAUGAUAAAUAUGGUUAAAAUAUAUCAUUUUUGCUUCGUUGUUUAAUUUUUACACCGGUAAUUAGUUUAUGGUUUUGUAUUCCAAAUGGCCCGGGCAUCGACGUAAGAAAUAUUUCCAGCGUUAAUAUCAUUUUUCCAUAAACUUCCUUGGAAGAUCUCAUUCAGACUCCAAACAUCCC